GUUCUUUUCUCAGUAACGAGGCCCUGGGGACAUGCCAGUAACUGCGGGUGUUCAGGUGGUGGAGGUGUCUGUUGUACGUCGGGAAAGAAGCAUCUGGAAUGCUCAUCAGUUGCCAAAAUGGCAGCCAGGAGGGAGAUGCAGCAGUUUGAAAAGCUAAUUGAUGAAGUUACAAGGAAAAAAAAUUUUGAAUUAUUAGAACAAUACCUGGAAAGAGAAGAUUGUGAAAAUAUCUCUUACAAAUGCAGCAAACAGUUCGUCAGCAAGUUAGACAAGCUUCUGUGUCAGGAACUUGACAAACAAGAAAUCAAAAGUGUUUCAACUUUACUAACUUCUCUUUGGAAGUGUGGGGAAAAAAUCAGCAUAGCAGGCGACAAUGGACUCCCAGCAAUGAUAAAAUGUGGCCUUAUUGGAAAGAUAAGUAUAACCAUAAAGCAUGUGGGAAAAGAUAUAAGUGAAGAAUAUGUGAGUAAUGCUUCAGCACUGAACAACUUAGUAUUCAGUUUAGUCUUUGAUUGCCUUUUGAGUUAA